AAAAAAAAAACAACAACAUUGUUGCUAUUGUUGCGCCAAAAUUCCAAUUGGAAUAACAGCAACAUCGGCCAACCAAGAAAGAGCGAGAGCGACAGAGAGAGGGAAAGAAAAAAAAACGCGGCCAAGAACUUUUCAGCCACUUGGUCAAAAUGAGCGAUUUCGAUUUAAAUGUGGACAGUCUCAUACAGCGGCUGCUGGAAAAUUUCAAAAAACAAAAAGAGGCCGAAGAGCAUGCCCAGAAGCUGCUCAUUGCUCAACAAUUGGCCGCUGCUGGUGGGGCUGCUGCUGCAGCGGCUGCCGCUGCUGUUGUUUCAACAUCAUCGAUUGCCACGCCCACAAGUGGUGGUAGCAGCAGCAGCACUUCAUUCGCUGCAGGUGCAGGAGCAGGUGCAGGUGGUUCUAGCUCAGAUCCAUUGGACGAUCUUACCGAGCAGCAGCGUCGUCUAUUGCAACAAUACUCAAUAUCGCCGCCCAGCGAAACAAUGAUCUCAGCGGAUGGCGAUCAGAUAACGGUGCAUCAUCCACGUGAGGAGCCAAAGAAAUCGAGAUUGAAAUUACGUGAUUUUUUCGUUGCUGAAUUUGUGCGCAGCUGCCGUACCGGUAAACAGGUGCAAAUGACGGAAGCCGAGGUCCGCGGAUUGUGUCUCAAGUCACGUGAGAUAUUCUUGCAACAGCCGAUACUCUUGGAAUUGGAGGCACCGCUCAUCAUUUGCGGCGACAUUCAUGGCCAAUAUACAGAUCUAUUGAGAUUGUUUGAAUACGGCGGCUUCCCGCCGGCUGCCAAUUAUCUAUUCCUUGGCGAUUAUGUUGAUAGAGGCAAACAAUCGUUGGAGACAAUCUGUUUGCUGUUGGCCUACAAGAUCAAAUAUCCUGAAAAUUUCUUCUUGCUGCGCGGCAAUCAUGAGUGUGCCAGUAUUAAUAGAAUUUAUGGCUUUUACGAUGAAUGCAAACGUCGCUAUAAUGUAAAACUCUGGAAGACCUUUACAGAUUGCUUCAACUGUUUGCCAGUUGCUGCGAUUAUUGAUGAGAAAAUCUUCUGUUGUCAUGGCGGACUUAGUCCCGAUCUGCAGGGAAUGGAGCAAAUUCGUCGCCUAAUGCGUCCCACAGAUGUGCCCGAUACUGGCCUCCUCUGCGAUCUACUCUGGAGUGAUCCCGACAAGGAUGUACAGGGCUGGGGUGAAAACGAUCGUGGUGUUAGUUUCACUUUCGGUGUGGAUGUUGUAUCGAAAUUCUUAAAUCGUCACGAGCUCGACUUGAUUUGUCGUGCACAUCAGGUUGUGGAAGAUGGCUAUGAGUUCUUUGCCCGUCGUCAGCUGGUGACACUAUUCUCGGCUCCAAACUAUUGCGGUGAAUUCGAUAAUGCUGGCGGCAUGAUGACCGUGGAUGAUACGCUCAUGUGCUCAUUCCAGAUCUUGAAACCAUCCGAGAAGAAAGCCAAGUAUUUAUAUAGCGGCAUGAACUCAUCGCGACCCACAACACCGCAACGCUGUGCCCCCAUGCCGCCCAAUAAGAAGAAAUAAUAUAUCCAUCCGCUUCCAUUUCCUUAAAUGUUCAACAGCAGCAGCAGCAGCAGCAUAUACCCUUUAAUAUAUAUAU